AUGGCGGAAACGUUCUCUAACGACGAUGCCUAUUAUAGGCCCAUCUACGGUAGCACCACCACCGAUAACAACAGCCCCAUCGCGUCGCUUCUCCGUCUUCUCCGAUCUCAUUCACCAACCUCCACACAGCUCUUUGGUUUCCUCGCUCUCUUUGUCUCCAGCGGAAUCCUCCUCUUCCUCCUCGGUGCAACUGUCAUCGCCACCGCCCUUGGCCUCAUCGCGUUUCUACCGUUGAUCGUUAUCUCGAGCCCGAUUUGGAUUCCUGUUUUUGUCGUCGUUGGCGGGUUCUUAACGGUCGUGGGAUCUCUUCUAGGGACGGUGGCACUGGUGUCGUGGACGUACCGUUAUUUCCGGGGAAUGCACCCGGUUGGAUCGGAUCAGAUGGAUUAUGCACGUAGUCGGAUCUAUGACACGGCCUCUCACGUCAAAGAUUACGCAAGAGAGUACGGUGGCUAUUUCCACGGCAGGGCUAAAGAUGCGGCCCCAGGUGCUUGA